AUGGGUAAGUGUGUAAUUUUGGUCCGUAAGACUAAACCGAACCGAACAGCCUCGUUUUACUCUUGGGCUUGGAGUCACUUUGUAUUUCCUCAAAGGAAAGUGUUCAGUCUCCUCUACCAGACCGAGGUUGCAAUUGUUGAUCUGAUCUAGUUAAUACUUCUGAUUGCGAUAUGCUUUGCUGAAAUGACCUUGGGCAAAAACACAAAACUGGAUAAAGCGCGCUUCACUCUUAUCAUUACUGCCAUCCUUUCUUCUUUUGGAAGGUCAAUGUCAUGGAUGACGGUCCUGCAAAAUUAAAUAUCAUCCCUGAUCAUUUUCAAGUUCCAACAGCAAGUAUAGAAUCUCCUGAGAGCAGAACAUCAUCUAUUGCCGAACCUGGAACCGAUCAAUCUUCAAGGUCCUCGUGCCGUCAACGGACUCGAAGUAAAUUAAGGACGGCUUUCAUGUUGAACUUGUUUACUCCACAGCGGCUGUCAUGGGGUUCCAGUACUGGAGGUCAGGAAAAGGUUGAGCUAACAGCUGCAGAAUUAGAGUCACUUCGAUCGGAGCUUGCUGAUAUAGCAGAGAGGGAAGCUCACUCGAAAGCUCAGUUGGAACAUAUUGAUGAAGUUUUGCGGUCUGCUCGUCUAUCUGGAUAUUUAUACAUUCGAACUAGAUGGGCAACACUACCAGGAGAACCUCCACCUUUAGAUGAUACUGAAGUAGAUGAUUGGCUUCCUCGUUUUGUCGUUCUCCAUGGAGCAUGUAUAUUUUUAUAUUUGUUGUGUACAGACCUAAGCCCCCAGGACUCAACCCUUCUAUCUGAUAUUGUUGAGGUAAGGAGAUUACCAUGCUUUAAGCGAGAAGAUGGUGAAAUUCAAUAUGCCUUUUGUAUUUUAACUCGUCAUGGAUUGCGCUAUGAGUGCUCAAGCAAUUCUAAGAUACAGGUGGCCUCUUGGUUAUCAGCUUUACAAAGUGACUGCAAAUUGGAAUCUGAUACAUUUUGCAAAGCUGACUACAAACUGGAAUCUGAUACAUCAGUUUCCAAUGGUUCGAUUGAGAUGUAACAUAAUUACACCUUGUUUGGCAUAUAACUUUGGUGUACUGAGCGUGGUUGAUGGCCGAGAAACUAAAAGAGGCCUUGUAUAUCUUUGAAAACACAGGGCAAUCUGGACCUGGAAAGCUUUUGUAACUGUCAGAAAAGGAAUGACAGAUAGGAAAUCACAUUUUGCCAACAUUUGUGGGGGAUUUGUAGACCUAAUCUGUUGUAAUCUGCAAUGCCAUGGCACCCUUUCUUGUUGUUAUAGCCAUAGGUACAAUUUGUAAAUCACCAUCCAACCCGUAACCAAUGGGAAAGCACUAUUUAAGGAAGAUAUGAGAUCGGAAUCAUUUGAGGUGUUUGUUUUAAGA